AUGUUAAUCAAGCACAGCAGAUCCAAAAAGCCGGUCAAGAUCAUGGACCCCGACUGUGCCAUCUGCAACCAGCCCGCCCUCGCCCAGUGUGAGUGCGAAGCCAAGGGCCUGGAUAUAGCUGUGCGGCAGGCGGAGCAGAGGAUGAUGACGACAGUGUUCAAUGACAUACGAGCCUGGGUCCGCGGCCACGCCCAAGACUACAUCCUCUCCUACUUCUCCAUGCUCACCACACGGCGCAAAGACCACCACGCCCAAACCGUCCACCGUAUGACCGAACGCGCAGCCUACUACUUCCACGCGCGCCCCCACCCCGCAGAAAUCGCCGCCGCAGACGCAGAGCUAAAACGCGGUAUCGAUGAAGAUUGGAAAGCUUCCGUGCAGCGUUAUCCCGAGGUAUUGGAAUAUUUUUACGGGUUGGUGGAUCUGAACUUGCCGAGUGACGAUGAGCCUGGUGUGAGGGAUCCGCCACUUAGUGCGCUGGGUGGG